CAGGAGGCCUACAUGCCGCCGCUUGUGCUGCCGCCAUGUCUCUAGUGAUCCCUGAAAAGUUCCAGCAUAUUUUGCGAGUACUCAACACCAACAUCGAUGGGCGGUGGAAAAUAGCCUUUGCCAUCACUGCCAUUAAGGGUGUGGGCCGAAGAUAUGCUCAUGUGGUAUUGAGGAAAGCAGACAUUGACCUCACCAAGAGGGCGGGAGAACUCAUUGAGGAUGAGGUGGAACGUGUGGUCACCAUUAUGCAGAAUCCACGCCAGUACAAGAUCCCCGACUGGUUUUUGAACAGACAGAAGGAUGUAAAGGAUGGAAAAUAUAACCAGGUCCUGGCCAACGGUCUGGACAACGAGCUCCGUGAAGACCUGGAGCGACUGAAGAAGAUUCGGGCCCAUAGAGGGCUGAGUCACUUCUGGGGCCUUCGUGUCCGAGGCCGGCACACCAAGACCACUGGCUGCCGUGGCCGCACCGUAAGUGUGUCCAAGAAGAAAUAAGUCUGUAGGCCUUGUUUGUUAAUAAAUAGUUU